UUUGGAGUUUUAAUUGGCUAAACGAAAUGAUAUCCGUUUCCUCUUAGCAACAACAGAACAGAGAAGAGAGUUGUGAGUUGACAGUUGGUAGAGGCGAGCUUACUAUACUACAGACAGACAACCAUGUCAGAAGUUGAAGAAACAUUGAAAAGGAUCCAGUCACACAAAGGAGUGAUUGGAACAAUUGUAGUCAAUGCAGAAGGAAUCCCAAUAAGAACAACACUUGAUAACUCGACAACAGUCCAGUAUGCAGGGCUGCUCCAUCAGCUCACAAUGAAAGCUAGAAGUACAGUAAGAGACAUUGACCCACAGAAUGAUCUGACCUUUCUCCGGAUCCGGUCAAAGAAACAUGAGAUUAUGGUAGCACCAGACAAAGAAUACUUGUUGAUUGUCAUUCAGAACCCGAGUGAAUAGCUUCUUACGUUGGAGCUGAUUUGUUUCAAGGAAACACUGACCACUGAAACUCCUGUGGGAUUGUGUAACCUUAUAUUUCACAUUCUGCACUGAAUAGUGUAAUUAUCAAUAAGUUGUAUUCGUUACCUGGUGUACUCAGUAAGACAAAUCUGUCAUAAGUUUUUUUUCUGUUACUUGCUUAUUCAUUCACAUGUAAAAAAAAAAAUCCUCAAUGCCAAGAAGGAAAGGGCCAGUAAAAAAAAAAAAAAAAUUAAAAGGAAAAACCUGAGUAUUUAUUAUUUAUUUUUUUAAUGUAACUGAACAUGUUUCUUCUUAUUAGUAGGGAUGUUGGUGCCGAUUAUGAAUACAAUACCAUAAUCUGUAAGUUUCACUGUCAUUAUUAUUAUUAUUAUUAUUAUUAUUAUUAUUAUUAUUAUUAUUAUUAUUAUUAUUAUUUGCAACUCUUUAAUGACACCACAAUGUUUUUAGCCAAGUGUGGAGAUACUUUAGAACAGUAGAUUCCAAUGAAUUUCAGAUUCAAAAGCUCUGUCUCAAAUCCAGAGGUGAAAGUAACUUUAAUUUCUUACCGGUACUGUAUUAUUGUUGAGUCGUCGUACUUAAAAAAAAUAAAAAUAAAUAAUAAUAAAAAAAAGAAAAAACAAAUAAGAAGAAGAAGAAGAAGAAGAAUUGAUACCUAACAGCAGCAAAUGUUUUACCGGUACUCAGUACCAGGCUGUACCGGCUUACUUUCACCUCUGCUCAAAUCUGCAAUGAUCUACUUUAACAUACGGGUCAGACCCCCAAAUGUUCAUCUCCAAUCCACUUUACAAAUUGCUAUCCUGUGCUUGUGGGUCUGUCCAUCAAUGAAGAAAAAAAAAAGCCGGAUAGAAGCAGUAACUCGGCAUUGGUCACAGCACACUGUUGUGGGUGUGGUGGCUCGCGGGAGGAAAUGCAAUCUUGUUUGUAAUAGUAGCACUGUAUGAAAAUGUAAAACUGUAGAUGGAUCUUGCUGUAGAAUUUUAAAAUUUAUUUGCACAAUUUUCUGUACUUCUCUGUUGGUGGGAUGGUAAGUGAGGACUAGAGGAAUUCUGUUCACUGUGUUUUUUAGUGGUAUGUAAAACAUGCUUUCUGUCUAAACACGAAACACAGCACUGUUGAUGAUCUUGUCUGGAAAAAAAAAACACAUUUCCUCAAUUUUAAUGAAAAAGUCUUGAUCAUAACUGUAAAUAUGUCUGAGUUUUAAAAGUUGGGAAUAGGGAAUUGAGUCGCUGCAUUAAAAUUGAGGAAAUGAGUAGUGUACUGCAUCAUUUGCACAAAAUGCAAACAAUUGUACAUUGGGGAAACUAAAAGACGUUUAGCAGACCGUUUUGUGGAACAUUUACGAAGCAUUCGAAUCAACACCUUGACAUUUCCAGUAGCCCGACACAACAGCAAUAAUCACACUGCUGAAGAUAUCACAAUCUGUGGAAUCAGUCAGUGUUUUGGUACAAAUUAUACUCAGAAGCAAAGAGAAUGCAAGCUUAUCUUCAAACUUGGAACUUUGGAGCCUCUUGGAAUGAACAUUCUAUUCUGACAUCAUCUUAACAUCAGCAAGUUUACUGCACUUUGUUACUUUUCUUUCUACAAAGCUGAAGAAGGGCUUUUCCCUGAAACGUCCUGAAAUAAAUGAUUUUUUAAUCAUUUAAACUUUUUGUGUACAUUGCCAUAGUUGCUAGAGCUGGAAAUUCACAUGGUAUAUAGUGGCAAACAUAAGAACCCCUGAUUCUGUUUGCAAUAUGAGGUUUUUCACUUUUGCUGCCAGGAUUCGGAGGCCUUUGUUGUUUGUAUUUUUAGUAUCAAAACAUAUUAUUAUUAUUUAUUUCUUAGCAGAUGCCCUUAUCCAGGGCAACUUACAAUUGUUACAAGAUAUCGCUUUAUUUUUUUUAUACAAUUACCCAUUUAUACAGUUGGGUUUUUACUAGAGCAAUCUAGGUAAAGUACCUUGCUCAAGGGUACAGCAGCAGUGACCCCCAGCUGGGAUUGAACCCAUGACCUUCUAGUCAAGAGUCCAGAGCCCUAACCACUACUCCACACUGCUGCCCAUACUGUAGAACAAGUAUUUGUUCAGAGGCUAUGAAGUUUAAUUUAAACGUGUAGGGCUGUAUUGGGCAUGUGCUGGGCAGUUCACCAAAAAUGCAGUCAUGUACAACUGGAAUAGGUUGUGGUCCACUUUUGUUCACAAUGAUAUUGUUCUCAGAGUAUAUAGCAGUGAAACCAAUGUUAAGGUGGUGCUACUGUAAGUUUCAGUUUCCCUUCUCUUGAUUGUGUCGUGCAUUAUUGUAUUUCAUUGUGUUGUAUAUUGCUUUAAAAUUACAGCUCCUGAUUUUGUAGCUGCAAAAUCUAAAAACAACUAAAUGUCCUACUGGUUCUAUUGAAAUGAAGGAUGACCCUUAUUCCACUAGCAACUUGCUUUUUUAACAACUCACAAAGCAAAAUACUAAAAAUAUGCAAGUCACUCUCCAUAUUUUAGCUUUGGAGAGUGAUAUAUUGUAUGUUUUAGGAUUUAGUGUUGGGCAUUUUAGCUUUUUGCAUGGCUAGCCUAAGGGCUAAACACAUGAUAACCAUACUUGUAUUGUUGUAUUGAAGUAGUAAUGCUGUUAAACCUGUAAAGGCACUGGAAACGCCCAGAUUGCCUAUUAGCAGGGAUCCAAAGUGGCUUGCAACCACUCAAUCCAUUAUUAAGCAUUUAAUAAACAGAAUGAGCACAAUUACUGCUCUAAUUCAUUAAAACUUCAAAUUAAA